GUCUUGCGACGGCAUAGUGUUGGACGGAGCAGCUGUUGUACGUCUGAUACCCCGCGCGGGAGCUACUUCAUUCCUUGGCUUUAGUCAAGAGAUUUUGAAGUAUUGUCUUAAUUUUGCCUCAAAGAUGAACUGUAACCGAGUAGACAUCGUCUGGGAUCAAUAUAGUGAGAAAAGUCUUAAGACUGCAACACGCGAGUCACGAGGCACGACGUCCUGGUUUCCUUGAAAAAGGCACAUUCCCAAAGCAGCAGAAGCAGUGGGACAGUUACCUCAAUAAUGAUGGCAACAAGACUUGAGCUGUUUGCAUAUUUUUCAGAAAUGUUACUUAAAACAGAGAAAUUGCAAAUUGUGACAAAUGUUACUGAUGAAAUAAGAGAAUCUACAUUCCAUGGCCAGGGCUCAGCACUGGACAAUGUUAGUUGUGCCUCAAUGGAAGAGGCAGAUGGGCGCAUCUUCCUUCACGCGAAAGACAUGGCUGUGCAUGGGUCAAAAUCCAUUAUCAUAAGGUGCUCUGACACUGAUAUUGUCGUGCUAGCGGUUUCUUUCUUCCAUGACCUGCAACAACAAGGGCUGAAGGAGUCAUGGCUGGCUGUGUUACGGUGUAGGGUCAAAUAA